CUGGAUAAUGAGCUGGGUAAUGAGCUGGGUAAUGAGCUGGAUAAUGAGCUGUAUAAUGAGUUGUAUAAUGAAUCGAGUGAGUUAAACGAUUAUGCUGAAAAUAUGAUUGAUUAUGGCCUAGAUUUUGAUAGGGAUGAAGAUGAGUAG